UGUAGACUAUAACAAGUCAAAUCUGUACGAAAUUUCUAGAACAGCUUUCAAAUUGAUAUAAACUUAAGUAAGGGUUAUCUCAGUACGGGCACAAGUAACAGAGGUGUAAAAUUUAUGGUGAAGGCGGUCAUUUCAGCAAUGAAUCAACAAAGUACUUCACGCACACGCACACAAAGAAAGCUUAUAUUGUUAAAGUUAGAACGGCGCCUUUCGUAUGCAGCCUUCGAACGCAAAUGUAUUUUCGCGUGUUGUUUUUAACGAGUGAUUGAGAGUAAAAACUCUUAACGAGGCUUAGCAAUUCUAAAUAUGAUAACCUGGGUCGGCAAAUAAACUUAAGCUUAAGCUUAGUAUAAAGCUUAUAAAUCACUCGUUGUAAGGAUCACUGGUGAUAAAGAUCUAUUCAGUCACUUGAACAAUUCCCCUUCUGACAACAGGAUAACCCGCAAUUGCAUUCAACAUUACCACUUUUAGCUUCUUCGUAUUCGAUGUUGAGGAUUCUGAUAAACCAGGAUCACGUCUUGUCUUCGGCAUGUUGAUCGGUGAUUCUCAAGGGUACAUGUAAAUCAUUACAUAACAGACCUACAUCCAGUGGUUCAGCAACUGAUUUUUCGCGCCAAUUUUGGUGAAAUUAGUGUUCACUGUGUCACUCCUGUCAGACCCCUGGUAAUGUUAUUCACCGACAUCCAUAUCAUCCAGCACUGGAGAAAAAUUAGUUGAAUUUUUCUCCUAGAAAGUACUCUCCAAAUACUAUAGGAAAUACGAUUGCAAUUAGUUGUUCAAAAUUACAGUUUUUAGACGCAGUUUAAGUGGAUAAUGAAAGCAGUUACUCAGGGGUAGUACCUCAGGGUAAUUUGUGCCGAUAAUCAGGGGGGAGUAGGAGGCCUGGUUGCUAAUUUCGCUUUGGAAACGGAGUAACAUGGGAGUAAGAGUCCGUUGCUGUGUCCUUAUGCAAAUGUUUUUCGAGCCAACACGUUAAUGUUAAAUGUUAAUGUUUUAUAAACGUAGCUUUCUAUUCUAUUUUCUCAGUGAAGUUGUCUUGGAAUAGAGAACGACUUCUACACAAAGGAGUGACAUGAAAUUUUGGGAAAUGAAACUCUCGAUCAUUGCUUGAAGUGAUGAUACACUCUUGGAGUUUUCGAUUUUCAGUCAUUCAUGACUAACAGCGAAUUGCAUUUGUGUGGAUACAAAUACCCAAGUUGAUGGUUUUCAAGAAAGUUAUGUGACUCAUUGGCGUUAAAGUAACUUCGAUGUCCCAACAGCAACCACGAACACACGGUCAGUCGGUUGGUUCUCCAAAUUCACUCUGAAAUUGACUGAAACACAGCUAGCAGACGAAAUGCAAAGCUCAGAGGCCGUGAAGGGCGUUUUGCAGGAUACUCAUUUGUUAUCUACAGCAGGCCUUGGUCGGCCAGAACCUACAAGAAAUACUCGAACAGCAACAGGACAGCGACCAAGACCUGUAUCGGCACCACCUAGUCAACAACCUCGCUGGAGAUAUCCAAACUCACCUGAGCCUAAAAAAGCCAGAAAGUUUUAUGUGAGUCUUAACCACACACCAUUUGAGAGUAGAACAAGUAAGAAGGCACCCUUUGCUCCAAGAGCAACAAUUGGAGGGAGUACCACACUGCGAGGACAAGAUUUUUCGCCAGCUACUUACAAUUCUCUAAGUGAUCCUCAUUUGAAUCCAUAUUUUGCAAGAAAGUUUGGGAAAAGUGCAUCUUUGAGAGAGACAGGACUGUCAAGAACAAAGGGACGAAAGAGUAGCAGUGGAAAGAAAAAGAAAAAAGGAGUUGUGUACAAAGUUAUAGUGAAAACAGGAGCUAAGAAGAAUGGGGGCACAGAUGCAAAGGUUUUUGCUGAAUUCCGUGGGACAACAGGCAAAUUUACCAGACAACUCACACACCAAAUGGAUCCAGCAGUACCAUCAGCCUUUAUUGCCACACUGCCUCCCUUCCAGUUCCACUCUGGAAGCACUGAGCCCUUUACUAUCAGAGGGCCGGAUGUAGGGGAGCUUAUCCAACUCAUUAUUCAGCAUGAUGGUCGAGAACGCAAGCAGGGGUGGUUCCUUGAUGAGAUACAAGUGACAAAUCCUCGCAAACCACAAACAUGGACGUUCCCUUGCUACCAGUGGCUGUCACUGUAUGAAAGUGAUUGUCAAGUGCGACGGAGUCUGAAACCUCUGGUUCAUAAAAAGGCUGAAAAAGUUGUUUAUGUGAUAGAAGUGUACACUGGUGACAAGGCAGGUGCAGGAACAGAUGCUCAUGUGUUUGUUACUUUGUAUGGCAAGACAGGACAGGCUCCUAAAACGCAGCUCAUCAGCAGGACUGAUGAUGCAUUUGAGCGGAAUAAAAAAGAUGUGUUCAAGAUUAAGACAACUGACCUUGGUCCUCUGAAAAAAUUGAUUGUGGAGCAUGAUAAUUUUGGUUUUUCAGCUGGAUGGUUUCUAGACAAGGUACAUGUAUUAUAA